AUGGGGAAGAAGAAGAAAUCGCUCGGUGCGAAGGCCAAGGGCACCAACACGGCCUCGAAUUCAAAGGCCGCUCGGCGUGCAGCGAACGCUGCAUCGAAGGAGGAGCGUCGUGCCCCAGAUAUGUGGGCGCAGCCAGCCCCGUCGCACCUUGUCGCCAAGCUAGAUGUUCCAAGAGUGAAGUCCAAAUACCAGUCAUACUUCGAAUUCGCCGCGAACCCGGAGAAGAAAGACAAGAAACUCGAAUUCAAAGCAGACCUUCCCGUCACGAACGACGCGGACCCACCCCCAGGCUUUGUAUUUGUACCUAUCGGUGACCCGAUAUUGACCAACGCGUGUAAGGAGCUUUCGAGAGAGAAAGACGCUAUGAUAUUCAUCGUUUCGACCCAGAAGGAAGAGAAGUCGAAGAUAUCCGAACAUAUACAUCGAACAGGGUACCAUUUCCGUGAAGUUAUCGUCGACGAAGCCCGUGAGAUUGUUGGAGAAACAGUAGUAGUCUCGCAGCCGCGUCGUUAUGGCGCCAAUGAAAUCGAACCAAUUCCGGAGUCCCAAGAGGAGAUCAACAAACAAGCAGAUGCUGCCAUCCGAGACUUGUUCCCCCGUAUACCAAACACAGAUCGUACAAUGAUCAUAGAACAUGCGUUCAAGAAGGGCGCUAUGUUUCAUGGUGAGCCGACGGUUGGAUUGCAGACCAACAUUCCCUUGUCUCGCCGAGUGCAACUGGCCGUUCUUGCUCACAUCAGGCACACUCAUACAAGAUAUGACAAGCUACUUAGAGAGACGACAUGGAUGAAUGCUAGAAAAGCAGUCGAACCGGUUUGCUUGGAUGUUCUCGUCAAAUGGCGAGGAGAUGAGGAAACUGGUCGCGAUCAGAUGGAUGAAAUCAUUCGUGAAGUUGUUAUCAUUACCGACUCUGAGGGAGAGGACGAUAGCUCCGAAGACGAGGAUAGCUCAGAAGAGGAAGGUGAAAUUACCUCUGCUAGUUCCACGGAGCCACCAAUGUCGCGUCCUCAGCAGUGGUUGCCUGAGCCAGUACAGCAAACAAGGCCACUGAUCGUUUCGACUCCAGGCGCUACGGAAGAUGAAGACAUGGAAGAGCCAGUCUCGUCACGCACACGGACGAGGCCACAAAAAGAUAAAAAAGCACAACGCGGCUUCAAGAGAUAUCAAGCGGCUUGGGAGGAGGCCGUGCAUAGGCGUCAGGAUCCGGCGUACCCGACCGCCCGCGCUCAUAGUAGCACACCGUUGGAAGGAAGCAUGACCAGGAGGCCUGGAUCAACAGUGGCGUCGCCACAUCAAGGUUUCCAGAGGUCCAUGCAAGAGCCGACCACAAUUCGUCCCUCGAAUUUAGCAUAUGACUUUGGCAGGGAUGAUCAAACAAGAUAUCAUGCGGACGCAAUGAGCGCGACAAGACCAAUCUCUUACUACUCACACCCUAGGGCAGCUCCCGGACCACCAACGCAGAGAAAUGAGGAAAUCGUAAGACCCCAACCUGAUCGUUAUAUACACCUCCAAGACAUCCCGGCACGUCUUGGCACUCCUUCCCGCCCAACAAGGGACCAAGGACUAUCACAAGUAGUGAGAGGCUCUUCAGCAACGCAAGUUCUUCAAGAUAUGCUUGUCCCUUCUAUUGAACCAGUUACAAGCGAUGCUGCAUUGCCGCGCUUGAACGAACCAUUAGUUGUUCAGGAUAGCAUUAGUUACUCUCAGGAUUCUCGUCCUCGACGAGUAAUUGAGCAACGAGUGCAUUCACCUGCACCACGACCUCGGGCUAUCAUCAAUGAUGGUAGUCCUCAGGUCAAGCGUCGUCGCCUGAUUCAUGAAGAUGGUGCUGGCCACUUCAGACCUCUUCCAUCGCGUGAUUUCAGUCUCCAUUCUACGCAUGAUUCUCAUUUGACAUCGACUUCGUCUGCUCAUUCAGGAGAGUUUCUUGCACGACAACCCAGGCUAUCUUCUCAGUCUACUCAAGGUUUGUUCAGGGAUCAACCCACAUUUAUAGACCCUGCUGCAGCAGAGCGACUACCUGUAUACGACGCGCCAGAGUUUGGAUAUUUCAAAACGCAUCCAGGUUAUUUGAGGAGGAUAGAUGACAGGCCUUCUAUCCAAGCACCAAGCAUGGGGCAAAAGUCAAACCCAGCCAAGGACAAUAUGAGUGAGGGUUCUUAUUCUGGGAGACCGACCCAUAUGCAAAAUCGGAGUGAGAAAUGGGAGGUCGUUGAGCGUGAUAGGCGUCCUCCGCCAGCAGAGUAUAGCCGGGGAAGUCAUAUUCCGAGGCCUCUAUCGCCAGAAUUUUCUGUGUCUUCUCGCACAUUAUCUCAUUCCUACGGUCCUAGUUCUGUGGUUCCAGAUCAGGAUCUCAUCCCAAGUUUCUCUCAAUCUCGGAUUAUUCAUGCCGAGAGAGCACCUCAGAGCUUUGUCAAUUAUCGGAGUGUACAAGAUCGUGAGGUUCAUUCAACCCGAGGUGGUUUCACUAUUCUCGCCGAGCGAGUACCUCAGAGUCAUGAGGAUCAUUCAGCUAGGUCUUUCGCAACUAUUCCUUCAGUUCGAGCAAGGUCUCCUGUGCGAUACGUUGAGAGACCAGUAUAUUACAAAGACGAAUCACGCCAACCUGUUUAUUACGAGGAAAGUCGACCUAUUCCAUGGCCUCUUGAGAGACCAGAGACACACUUACGAGGCCGACAAUUACCGCCGGGAGAGGCACCGACACACGCCAGGACCGUACAUCCAAGACGCCAAGUGAUCGUGCUUGAAUAA